AUGGCUGGCAGGACCGCGGUGCAUGCGUUGGCGGACUCGUUCGGGUCGGAGUUGCUCGUGAAUCUGCCGUUGAUGCAGGGCUUGCGAUUUCGCUACGUUCCUGAGGCGAAGCGCUUCGACUCCGUUGAGUAUCCUGGACUGCAUGUCGCCCGCUUCCAGGGGGGUAAUGUCGACGGUGCGGGAGGUGCUUCGGCGCUGGUGGGAUUGAAGCACGGCUUGCUCCUUAUCGACGCGCAGGGCGAUCAGAACUCUCGGUUUUUGUGUCCGCACGCAAAGACGACGUGCGCAGCGAGUGGCGAAGUGAGCGUGGCGGUCGAGAGCCCCCGAAUCCCGCCUUUUUUCGUGUACGAAGUACGUCCCGAGUUGCAGGACCUGACCGCCA